AUGUCAUCACCAGUCCUUGAUCUUGACGGUACUGCUGUUCCUGAAGAGCAAAUCCUUGGUUAUGGCAGGUCGGGGUUGGUAAUUCGUGUCGAGAACACCGCGCUCAAAAUACCUUUACGCUACAUUAGGAGCAGCGAUGACGAGGUUGAGAUAAACACUGAAGUUAUCCAACGGGAACAGGAGGCCUAUCGGCGCUUAGGACAAUGUGAAGGCGUUGUAGCCUGCCUCGAAAUGUCAGAGAAAUCUACCCGGCUUGCUCUAAUGGAAAAUGGCGAUCUCCGCUCCUAUAUCACCAAAAUUCGGCCGUCGAGGUUGCUUCAGCUCUUCUGGUUCCGUGAAACCGCUUACACUCUUUCUCGCAUACAUGAUCGUCGCGUGAUCGUCGCCGAUAUCUCAAGUCGAAACCUCCUCCUCGAUGCCAACCUUUCUAUCAAAAUCUGUGACUUUACCGAGUCAUCUAUACUCCCGUUAACAGCAAAUAUAGAGGCUGCCAACGACAAUGGGUAUUCAAUUCAGACAGACAUUGGUCAACUCGGAGCUGUGAUGUAUGAAGUUAUAACUGGAGAACGGUGUGAGUUCAAUCUCUUCGGGAGCGAGGACUCGAAUGGUAGGGCUGCAUGGCCACGGAGAGAAACCCUUCCUAAUACGCAGAAUGUUUGGCUGGGCCCGAUUAUUGCAAGAUGCUGGACAGAAGGGGGGUUUCGUAACGUACGCGGUUUGUCGGAGGCUUUAGAGUCGGCGAAUUGCUUCGAGGAGCACCCUAUGUCGAAAAUUGAGAUACAAAGCUCAGGCACAUCGAUACUGGAGGUAUAA